AUUCUCGACCAUGGCAUGCAAUGGGGGCAUGCCAUUCGAGCAGCGUCGAAGUCCCACGAAGUCGCGAGAGGCUGAAGUGCUACCUUUGACCGCCAGGGACUUGCUGGAAGGGCAUUCUGCGGCCUGGCAGGUCUUUCUGGCCUAUGCCGCCAGCUGCUUUCCAAAUGUGGGCCCGCUGGCGCAAGAGGACUUUAGCCUUGCACUAGCCGAGGGAGAGAUCGCAGAGGCUGGCGAGCAGGUGGCGCUUGCCACGAGGGACUCACUGGAAAAGCUCAAGGAUCCACAGUCGCUGUACAACGCCUUGGGUGCGCCCGUUGAGCUCUUGAAACGCUGUGAACUCGAGGCCACAAAGUCCUUGAUGGAGUUGCAACUCUCGUUGCUGAGGACGUCGCGUGUCCAGCUGCUUGAGGCGUUGCAAGAUGCCGUGGCUUCACAGGAGCAGGCGGGCGCCAUGUUGUGCGAGAUCCGACGGCUCAAGGAGGCCACAUUGGAGCGUCGUGCGCAGGGCCAGACACGUCGAGCCCAGCGCUUGCUGGAAGAGACGGAAGCAGCGGUGCAGAGGCUGAAAGAUUGCCGCCAGCAGAAGAUUCGACUGGCGCGUGCACGCAAGGCGCGUCUCUGCCGAGCGGAAGAUGUCACUGGGCACCUCUCUGUGGGCACCUUGGUCUUCCGCGGCAGGCAUCGCUUGCAGAUCCAACGCUGUCAAGGGCCGGGCGUGCCACUGACCCCCUCGAGCCUUUGUUGGCUGCGCUUUGAAGCUGCAGCACCAGGUCGCAGGGCGCUGAGCGAUGGUUUAGAGGAAAAAACGAUGGCUUCUCCGUCCCCAGAGUGGCGACGUCGCUUUGAGGAGUCCUUGUGCCAGCUCUGGAUCCGGAACGUUGAUGCGAAUUUGGCUGAAGCCAGAGCUUUGCUGCUACCAUUCAGCGAGGUUCCUUCAUUGAUCCAUCGUCUUCAAGUUGGCUUGAUACAGGCGGGCGAUUUCCUGCAGGCUGUGGCCGCGCAGAGACGUCAACUGCAAUUGCCAGCGCCGUAGGAUUCGCCGAGUGCAGCCAUGCCAUGCCAUUGGUGUCCCCGAACUGUGAAGGGGUUGAAUUCAGUGAAUUCGCAGCCGCAGCAGGGACCAUCAGGGACCAGCAGGGACCGAUAUAUUUCUUACACUUCGCUAUGAAAAAAGGCC